GCAACGGGGGCAGCGGCGGCAGCAGCACACCGAGGACUGAGGGACGGCCUGGCAGGCCGAAUCAUGGACCGCGAACCGGACCCGGACGACGACGACGACGACGACGACCGACUGGACGACGACCAGGACGCCCGCCAGCUGGAGCGGCGCAUGAGCGAGAGGCGGCGGGCCCGCUCGCUGCCCGCCUGCCCGGCCUCGCUGCUGCUGGCCGCCGUGGCCCCGAGCGAGCAGCGCAAGCGGGUCCAGUUCGCAGACUCGCUCGGGCUGAGUCUGGCCAGCGUCAAACACUUCAGCGCGCUCGACGAGCCCCGAGUGCCCACCAAGGUGUUCUCCAGACACACCGGGCGGCCGGCGGCAGCGGCGGGCGGGCGGCACUCGCACCCGGCGGGGGGAGGGCGCCUCGUGGCCUGCUUCUCCGAGCUGGCGGACCCUGACUCUCGCCUUCGGCUGCUGCGCGUGUGCCUGGAACGGCUCUCCGUCACGCACUUCGACGUGCGCGGCCACGUGCGCGUGCUGAGCGGUAGCGCGUGCGGGGAGGUGGGCGUGCGCUACACAUUCAACGAGUGGCUGUCGCACGUGGACGCGCAGGCCCUGCUGCUGGACGCGCACCCGCCGGGGGGCGGGGGCGCGCGCUACGGCUUCACCGUCUACACGCCCCCUGAGAUGGAGGAAGGCGCCGCCGUGCACCUGGCCGUCUACUUCCGCUCCGACCAGGGCGACUUCUGGGACAACAACGACGGGCGAAACUUCACGCUCCGCUACUGCGCGCCCGCUUUGCCGCCUCCCGAGCCGCACGAACGGAAGUGACGCUCAAAUCAUCCGUCGCGGAUGUUCACGUGCUGCUCGAGGACAUGUCACGCUUCCGGGUCAAGGUGCGCCGCAUGUAAAAGUGCUGCAAAAGGGCUUUCUGUGUGUGUGUGUGGGGAGGGGGGGGGGGGGCUGAUCCGAACAGGUCCAGCAAAACAAAACUUGUUGCAGGUGAACAUUUAUCAUUCAUCAGCCGACCACCCCACACGCUUUGAAUCCAUUUCAACUUAUUUUAUGCAGUCCUUCUCCUCAGCACCUGCUGUCUUUCUUUGGGUCCCAUAGUAUAACAUCACUUUGAGGAAAUGAACAGACUCGUUAACUUGUGGAUUCCGAGUGUGCGCGCUUCCAACUGUUCUGGUGUUAUUCCCACUCGAUAUUUACUGUGAAAGUGAAGAUGAUUAAACCUGGCUCUUCUCUUGC